UUUUCCCGGUGUGCUAGCAUUUCUGCCAGCUUGCUGCCUUAGUUGAUAUAAAUAUUGUAUAAGAAAUGUCUUAGGAAUUAAAUAUAUAUGUGUGUGUGUGUGUGUGUGUGUAACCGUUCAGAAGAAAAACAUUUGUGUAGAAUGGUGAGAGAAGCAAAAUAAUGGAAAAUGAAUUGUGUGAGAGCACAGGUAAAUGUGAGACACAAAUUGAAAGGUUUGGUUUUUCUGAUGAGAUGCCAAAAGAUUCAAAAACACCAUUACACCAGUGUGAUAUCUGUAAAAGAUCAUUCUCUCAAAAAUGUGAUCUCACUACACACCAACUUGUCCAUACAAAAAAGAUGCCACAUUCGUGUGAUAUCUGUGAUAAAUCAUUCUCUCUAAGUCAUCACUUGACUGUGCACAAACGCAUUCAUACAGGGGAGAAGCCAUAUCAUUGUGAUACUUGUGGCAAAUCCUUUCCUACAAGUAGUAACUUAAAUAAACACAAACGCAUUCAUACAGGAGAGAAACCAUAUCGCUGUGAUAUCUGUGGCACAUCGUUCUCUCAAAAUGACCUCUUAACUAAGCACAAGCGUGUUCAUACAGGAGAGAAACCAUAUCACUGUGAUAUCUGUAGUAAAUCGUUCUCCGAAGGAAGUACAUUGAGAAAACACAAACGUAUUCAUACAGGAGAGAAACCAUAUGGUUGCGAUAUCUGCGGGAAAUCAUUCUCUCAAAAAACUAACUUAACUAAGCACAAGCUUAUUCAUACAGGAGAUAAACCAUAUCAGUGUGAUAUCUGUGGUAAUUCAUUCUCCCAGAAUUAUCUCUUGACUAAACACAAACAGAUUCAUUCUGGAGAAAAGCCAUACGAUUGUGAUGUUUGCGGUAAAUCCUUUUCUGUGAGUAGUAACCUAACCACGCACAUACGAACCCAUACAGGGGAGAAGCCGUAUCGCUGUGAUAUCUGUGGUAAAGCUUUCUCUUUGAAUUAUUACCUGUUUAUCCACAAACGCGUUCACACAGGUGAGAAACCGUACCACUGUGACAUCUGCAGCAAAUCGUUCUCUCGCAAUCACGACCUGACCAUACACAAGCGUUACCAUACAGGGGAGAAGCCGUAUCACUGUGAUGUCUGUGGUAAAUCGUUUUCUGCAAGCGGUAACUUAACGAAACAUAUACGUAUCCAUACGGGAGAGAAACCAUAUCACUGUGAUAUCUGCGGUAAAUCAUUCUCGGCAAGUUAUAACUUAACAGAACACAUGUGCAUUCAUAAAUGAGAAAAUAUCGUUUUCUCCACUUAUCACCGCCUAAAUCAUCACCAUCAUCAUCGUUUAUCAUCCUCUUUUCCUG